CCCAAGUGUCGCGCUGGCCAUGGUGGGGGGAGGGAUCGGCUGAGGCGGCGGCAGCGGUGGCGACAGCAGCGGCGACAGCGGCAGCGGUAGCGGCGGUGCGGUGCACAGACUGCGCAGUCUAAGACAGAAACGAUCGCAGGCGGCGGUGGGACAGAGCUCUGGACUCCUCACCGAGCCAGGCUGGGCUUGCUGGUUUGGCCCUGUACAGCGCCGCUUCCCGGCUUGUCUGGGGGAAGUGCCAGUGACAGACGCUGCUCGGGGCCGUCGGGGCCUGUGGGGCCAAGGGGAGCAGCCCGGAUUCCUAGCUGCCAACGCCCCCUUUCCAUUCCCUGUCGUUCCUCAUGGGCUGGUGAUUCCCUGGACCCGGGGAAAGGGGGUGGCCGGUGCCUAAGAGAUUUUUGCCAAAGUCAGUGGCUGUGCUGCUGCAGUGAGAAUAUCUACCCUCAACUGCAGGAUAAGAGGACUUCCUUACAAUUUCCCAUGACUCAAUGGACUCCUGAUUGUAACAGACUCUAUACCUUAAAAGCGGAUAUGAAGAGUGAGGUACCUUCUGAUGCACCAAAGACACCGGAAAGUCUAAAAGGGAUCCUCUUGCACCCUGAGCCCAUCGGGGCAGCCAAAACUUUCCCUGCAGAAGUUGAGAUGAUAGCUAGUAAAGUAGAGAAUGAAUUCUCUCACUUGUGUGAUGAUUCUCAAAAACAAGAGAAAGACAUGAAUAGUAACCAACAAGACCAAGAAAAAGGCAUUGUGGUAAGGAAAAAACGGAAGAGUCAGCAGGCUGGCCCUUCAUAUACUCAAAACUGUGUUGUUAAAGAAAGCCAGGGAAUGUUAGGAUUGAGACAACACCUAGAAACACAAAGCGACGAAGAUAAUGAUUCCUCUUUUAGCGAUUGUGUUUCUUCCCCUUCAUCUAGUCUGCAUUUUGGAGAUUCUGACACGGUAACAUCUGAUGAAGACAAGGAAGUCUCUGUUAGGCAUUCCCAGGCAAUAUUGAAUGCUAAAAGUAGAACUCAUGGUUCUCGGUCACAAAAGUGGCCUCGGACUGAGACAGAAUCUGUCUCAGGAUUAUUGAUGAAAAGGCCCUGUUUUCAUACUAAUUCAUUAAGGAGACUUCCAUGUAGAAAGAGAUUUGUGAAAAAUUCUUCACAGAGGACACAGAAACAAAAAGAGAGAAUUUUAAUGCAGAGGAAAAAACGGGAGGUCCGGCGAAAGUAUGCAUUGCUCCCUAGCUCUAGCAGUUCUAGUGAGAAUGACCUCAGUAGUGAAUCCUCUUCUAGCUCUUCCACUGAAGGAGAAGAAGACUUAUUUGUGUCGACCAGUGAAAAUCAUCAAAACAGUGCAACCAUUCCCUCAGGAAAUAUCGAUGAGGAUGUUGUGGUGAUCGAAGCAUCCUCCACUCCCCAGGUUACUGCCAAUGAAGAAAUUAAUGUUACCUCAACUGACAGUGAGGUGGAGAUUGUAACAGUUGGUGAAAGCUACCGGUCUCGUUCAUCAGUCGGACACUCCAGAUCUCAUUGGAGUCAAGGUUCCAAUUCUCAUACUACUCGGUCACAGGAGCCACGAAACCGGAGUAGACUUUCUACAGUUAUACAGCCCUUGAGGCAGAAUGCCGCAGAAGUUGUGGACCUUACUGUGGAUGAAGAUGAACCCACAUUAGUACCAACCACCUCUGCUAGAGUGGAGUCCCAGGUUGUGAGUUCUUCCAAUAACAAUUCAAAUGCAUCUACCUCAGAGCAGGCCUCUGAAGCUACUUCAGCUAUCUCCAGUACCCAGCCCUCUGCAGUGUCAGAAGCUUCCAUUCUUCCUAGCAAUAGCACUGCUGGUACUUCAACAGGAGAUGAUAUAAGGAGAACCACAUCUAGUACUGUAAUGGAGACUGGACCUACUGCAAUGCCAAGGCUACCUUCCUGUUGUCCCCAGCACUCGCCAUGUGGAGGGUCAUCACAGAAUCUCCAUGGAAUAGGGCAUCCCCACACAAGUUGUUUUCAACAACAUGGACACCACUUUCAACAUCAUCACCACCACCACCAUACUCCUCACCCAGCUGUUCCAAUUUCUCCUUCGUUCAGUGAGCCUAGUUGUCCUGUGGAAAGGCCUCCACAAGUGCAGGCACCGUGUGGAGCAAGUAAUAGUUCUGCUACUAGCUACCAUGACCAGCAGGCCUUACCAGUGGACCUGAGCAACAAUGGUAUCAGAAGUCAUGGAAAUGGUGGUUUUCAUGGAGCAUCUGCCUUUGAUCCCUGCUGCCCUGUUUCUUCUUCACGAGCUGCAAUUUUUGGCCACCAAGCUAGUGCUGGCCCAAGCCAGCCAAUAUCAAUGGAUGGUUAUGGAUCAAGUGUGGUUGCACAGCCUCAACCCCAGGCUCCUCCACAAGCCUCCCUUUCAUCAUGUCGACAUUAUAUGCCACCCCCUUAUCCUUCUUUGACCAGACCACUUCAUCAUCAAACUUCUGCAUGCCCCCACUCUCAUGGGAACCCUCCUUCUCAGCCUCAACCCCCAACUCAAGUAGAUUAUGUUAUUCCUCAUCCUGUACAUCCCUUCCAUACACAGAUGACUUCUCAUGCUGCAUCUCAUCCUGUGCCUCCUCCCCCACCAACUCACCAUUUAAGCAGUACAGCUGCUCCAAUCCCCCAGCAUCUCCCCCCUACACACCAGCCAAUUUCACAUCAUAUCCCUGCUACAGCACCUUCAGCACAGAGACUGCAUCCUCAUGAAGUGAUCCAAAGGAUGGAGGUCCAAAGGAGAAGAAUGAUGCAACAUCCAACGAGGGCACAUGAGCGCCCUCCACCUCAUCCACAUCGGAUGCACCCAAACUAUGGUCAUGGGCAUCACAUCCAUGUGCCUCAGACAAUGUCUUCACAUCCUCGACAAGCUCCAGAAAGGUCUGCUUGGGAAUUGGGAAUUGAAGCUGGAGUGACUGCAGGGACAUACCCUCCAGGUGCAUUACAUCCUCACUUGGCUCAUUACCAUGCACCUCCUCGACUUCAUCAUUUACAACUAGGAGCUCUUCCGUUAAUGGUUCCAGACAUGGCAGGCUAUCCUCACAUCCGUUACAUUUCAUCAGGAUUGGAUGGAACGUCAUUUAGAGGCCCCUUCAGGGGCAAUUUUGAGGAAUUGAUUCAUUUGGAAGAAAGGUUAGGAAAUGUUAAUCGUGGAGCUUCCCAGGGAACAAUUGAAAGAUGUACAUAUCCACACAAAUACAAAAAGGUAACAACUGAUUGGUUCUCACAGAGGAAACUGCACUGCAAACAAGAUGGGGAAGAGGGAACUGAGGAAGAUACAGAGGAGAAAUGUACCAUUUGUUUGUCUAUUUUAGAGGAAGGUGAAGAUGUGAGGCGUCUUCCAUGUAUGCAUCUUUUCCACCAAGUGUGUGUUGACCAAUGGUUAAUUACUAAUAAGAAGUGCCCCAUUUGCAGAGUGGACAUUGAAGCUCAGCUGCCAAGUGAAAGUUGACACCAUUUUCCCAGAACUCUUGCCCUCCUUCCCAUUCCUCUCCUUUCUGGUACUGCAGUCAACCAAAGAUGGCAUGACUUACCUGCGCAGAUUUGGAAGCAUUGAACUUAAAGAGUGCUGGCUCUGCUACAUGGUACAACUAAUGCUAGAUCUACAGUUUGUGUAUACAGUUGAUUUAAUGUAUUUAUAAAAGCUUUUUUUUUUAGAUUUUACAUUUCCCUUUUUAUUUUACUGUAUUUUUGCAUGGUUCCUUGUAUUGAUUGCAUUUCUUUGCACAUAUUAUGGGCUUUGUGACCCUAAACUUGCAGGCAAGAUUAGCUGCUUUAGGAAGUAGAAUUGUGUGGUCCUUUUGUUUUUACAUAGUACCAGGCUUUGAGAAUUAUGAUUUCAUACAUUACUAACCUUGAAUUUGUUAAUUUAAUCAAUCAUGUAUUUUAGUUUACUGUAUAGAGAUGAACUAGAAAAUGAUAAUAUUGUGUAUUAAGACAUUCCUUAAGUAGGACAAAGUGGCUGCUGUAUAUUUACAAUAUGAGUUCUGAGUUAAAAACCAUCCUUAAUACUGGGAACAGAAUACAAAUUAUAUUCAGUCAGAUGCAGGUGGCAUAUUCAUCACCAGAGUGAAAGAUUUGAAUCUUGGUGUAUCCUUUUAAAUUUCCUUUCAGCACAAUGCAGAUAUAGAUGAAUAUCAAUAUUAUACACUUAUACUGCUGUUCUGAUUGUAUUUAACUUUUUUCUCACAUUGUCUAGAAAUUUGAGUCCUUGAUUUAAUUUUCCCUGCUGUAAAACAGCUCUAACGAACACUAAAUACUAAUUUCCAUUAGCUGGAUUGUACAUAUUUGCAGAUUUAAUGAAUUUUUAGGGAAACUGAAAAAAGACAUGUAGAAUCUCGUUCUUCAGUCUUUAGCUAAAGCACGUCUAGUUAAGAUAUCUGCUUACAUUGGUUUUGUAAACACAUUCAAUCAAGAUUUAGAAUUGCAAUUGUUGGCAGGUAUCCAUGCAUUCAUAGAACUUCUAAAGGUCCCAGAAUCAUUUUCAAGGGAUUUUUAUUAGUUAAAAGCAAAUAAAGUUAGCUAAAUCUACAUGUCUCUUGUUUUAUUUCUCACUAAACUUGAAAAACUAUAAAUCUGCAGAAUACUGUGAGGCACAAAUUAUGCUGUUACCUAGUGUUGCUCUGGUUAUAGAAUUCCACUGUAUACAUUGCCAACAGUCAAUCACUGGUUUAAAAAUAUUAAUUUCUAUAGUUAAGAUUUGCUGAAUAAUAUAGUAUAUAGAGUUAAGUUAAUGUACUAACAUUUCUCCUUUGGAGGAAGUUUUAAUCCACUUCAGGAUGCAGAUUCCUUAUCAAAAUACUUUCAUAUUACAGAAUAGCAUAGUUUAUUUGUUUAAAUGUGCUCAGUAAUGCCCCAAGUUGCAAAUGCAUCCAGACAGUGUUACUGUCAUAAUGUGGAAGACAUGUUCCUAUGGAUCAUAUGUGAAGAUGUCAAUAAGCUUGCAUUAAGCCACCUGCUUUGUAAGUGGAUUGAUUAAUAAAUACCUUCAAUUUCCAUUGUCCUUGUUUUUUCAUAAUGUGUGUAAAGCAAUAUCAAAAAUCAUGGGAUAAAGAAUGCUUUUUUAAAUUGUGUUAUAACUUCAUGUUUGAAUCUGCCCAAUUGGUGUUUUGUCUUUAUUAAAUUAAGGCUACUUAAUUUUUUUCAUCCUCUUAUUUUUGGGGAUAGAGGGGAGGCAGUAGCAAUUUUUAAAGUUAAAAGAAAACAGCAGUAUAGUGGAUAAGGGAUACAACUUGAAAUCAGGAAGACUUGAUUCAAGUUCUAUCUAUAAUGCCUAUCAGCUGUUUGACCAUGUUCACAGUCUCUAUUGCUAGAGGGAUUUACCACAACAGAUGUUCCCCAAGCCAGUGAUAUCAAAGUACUAGUAUAUCUCACCUCCAUUACCUCCACACACCCAGCCAAAUAUUUUUUUAAUCUGUAGUAUAUCAUAAUUUGUUUUCACUUUGAUGCCUGUAUUUAGGGAGGGAAAAUUGUUUGUUUGUUAGCUGAUUUUUUUUAAGUAAUUGCCUUGUGCAGACAAAUAACAUGGUGAUAUUUUCAGAAACUGGCUGUAUGAUUUUUAAGCUACAGUUACAAAAAGGCAAGAUGGAGGCAAGCUUCCACUUUAAUGGAAUCAAGGACAAGUGGCCUUUUUGUAUAUAUUAUUCCUGUGAUGAUAUAAAGAAUGUGGGGAAAUAUUCUCUUAACUAGUUACUAGAAAACCUGGGUUCCUAGUAAAGGGCUAAAGUGUUUAUAAUAUUAAAUCAUAAUUAGGUACAUGUUGAUUUGUUUGAUAAUGGCUACUGUUGAUUUUUCAUUAUCCCUAUUUAGAAUAUUACAAUUUAUCAUAAAAUAAAUUUUUCAUGAGGGGUUAGCUUCCAUUACUGUUAAUAUUGAAAAGCAUUAAAAUGCUGCCCUUAGAGGAAAACAAUCCAUUGAGAAAAUAUAUUGCAAGAAUUUCUUCACUUUGUUGUGCUAUGUUUUGGUACUUUUCAUUUCUUUGCAUCCAGUAAUGUCAAAAUAAAAUUUGUAAGAAUGGCCAUCUAUCAUUUUGAUGGAAAAAAUAUUUGUCAACAAAUGUGUGUAGAUCAGUAACACUGGUUUCUUUUAUGACCUGACUUCUUUUUUCCUCCACUUGAAUUUUUUUUUUGCAUUUUAAUUGCUUGCAGACUUCCCUAUAUGAAACAUGUUAAUUGUUUAUAAUAAGAAUAGUUUUAUUAUUAAAACUAAUGAUCUAUGAAACUUGAACACUAAACAAUAAUAUUAAAAUAUUCCAAUUAUUUUUAGCA